AGAAAAUGCCAGCGCUAAGCUCGAAUCGGAUGAAUUGGCUUUCUUGGAUGAAAAGGCUCUCUCAUUACAGAAAAUAGACUACAAAAUGAAAAUAUGGAAAAGAUAGACUGAUUGAAAGACAAAGACGGACAACUCAAUAUUUUGAGGAAGAAGUAAUCGAAUUAGAAAAAACAGAUAUCAGCUAGGUUGAAGAGACUACUAGGAAGAACAUGGUACUUGCCUAAGAAAUUGAAGAACUGCAUAAGAUGCUCAAUCUAAAAAAUAUUAUGAUAACUACACAAAGCUGUACAGAAAGUUAUUAAGUGAAGCAAAAAAGCUCUACUGCCGAGAUCUGAUUAUCAGUUCUAACAAUAAAUCGAGAACCGUUUGGAAAAUCUAAAUCAUCAAGUCUGAAGUCUCAAAAAUCCUGAGAGAAAAUAAUAUGCCCAAGCUUGUACCUCUCAAUGUGAACAGCCUGCAGAGCUUAUUUUUUCGUCCGGUCACAGAAGAAUAUAUCUCAAGCAUAAUAACAAAUUUGAAAAGAUCGGAUUCUACUGGAGAUGAUGUUUACAGCACCAAUUUACUGAAGAAAUGUUACAUGCAGGCAACUAGGACUUCCAACAACACUGACUCAGUAUUUGGAUUUAAAUCCAGUUCAGCAUAAAGAAAACUGCUUGAAAAAUGUUCAUCUCGUCGACCAACAAAGAGAGCUGUGUGCAAAGUACGACGGCAUACUUCCCAUUAUAGGUCAUGGAGCAAGGCUGGCCAUAGACGAGUGUCAAAAUCAAUUCGCUUUCUCACGAUGGAACUGCACAGUAUUCAUGGACAGAAACACCACAUUCGGCAACGUAGUAACAAUAAAUGCUGAUCGGAAUGACAGAUUUCCAAGGACGACAACCAGAGUUAGCUUCAGAUUUAGUGGGAGCAGCGUCCUGGGUCCCGCCAUCAUAUCUUUGCGUUACUUCUAGAAGCGAAAUUUCAGGGACAUCGAUCACAUGAACCAACAUCAGGACAGUGACGGGUGUUGCUCCUACUCCGUUUCCACGUCCCACUGACGCAAGAACUCAUCUGUACCAGUAUGACUCACAGAUUUUAUAUUUGACGCGAGGGAAGCAGAGAGGCUGCAUAUCUUUCAGCGAUAUCCGCCUCAAGCCUUGCAUAUGCAGUUACCAGAGUUUGUGCGAAAGGAGAACUAGGCGAAUACUGCGGAUGCGACAGCAGAAUAAAGAAGAAAAAAGCUCAAAAAUGGAAAUGGGGAGGAUGCAGCGAUGACAUACGGUGGGGGGAAAAUUUCAGCAGACAGUUUUUGGAUGUGAAAGAGGAUCCUAACACAGCUUUGGGGCUAAUGAAUUUGCACAAUAAUGAAGCAGGAAGAAGGGCAGUAAGAUCUAGGAUGCUAAGAACCUGCAAAUGUCAUGGAGUCUCAGGUUCGUGCAGUAUGCAGAUAUGUUGGAGGAGGCUUCCUCCUCUAAGAGCUGUAGCAGAAGGCCUUUUCCAAAGAUACGAAGGGGCUUCUCAUGUCAAAUUCGUAGAGAGGAGGAGAAAAAAGCUCAAGGCAAUCAGCACCGAUUGGAAGAAACCUAACAGGACUGAUUUAGUGUUUUUGGAUGAAUCGCCGGACUAUUGUGAAAAGAAUGAAACGUUAAACAUACUAGGCACACAUGGUAGACUGUGCAACAGAACUAGCUUAGGAAUGGACGGCUGUAGACUGUUAUGCUGUGGCAGAGGCUACCAAACAAGAGUUCGAGAACAUGAACAUAAAUGUAAUUGCAAAUUCAUCUGGUGUUGCAACGUAGAAUGUGACAUCUGUAGGUCUAGAAGAGAGGAGCAUGUCUGUAACUAGGUCUUUUUUCUUCCUUAAUGUUUGUAAUUCCUUCUCCUAAUGAUUGUAGCGGGAUGAAAACCAUAUGAAUAGUGUGAGCAGAAAGAUACUCGUUAUAUUUGCAUUAAUGUAUAAUGUUAGAUUCUUUAUCAGGAUUUUCGAGUCAAGAAAAGAGUUUAACCAUUAUUACAAAGUCGUACUUAAAAAAAAUUAACUCUUCCACGAAACAUUUGCACUUAUUAGCGAAAUAAGUUUUAAACAAUGAAUCGCGUUAUGUGGAAAAACAAUUUUCAUUUUUUUAAAGACGGUUUUAUAGAUAGAUUGACAGUAACAUAUUUACAGACACAUUUUGCAUAUUUCGGUUUUAAAACGUUAUGCUCGAGAUAUGAAUUUUUAAAGACGUAUUCACUAAAUCAAUCGAGAUAUCCUUUCAAAUAAAGCCUGGCAGAUUUUCUGAUUACAUAUGCAUUCAUAAGUCUUCUAAAGGCGUAACGUACUUAAAGAUCCUUAUACAAAAACUUGUAUCGUCCUUUAUACUGUAAAUCAGUAUACCGUAUAAAAGUUGAAUUGAAGUUGUAUAAUCAGUUGAAAAAUUGGAAAAGAAAUAAUUUUAACUGGCUAGCAAACAAGUAACUAUGAAUAUAUUUCUUCGUUGAAUGGAAAAAAGUGCAUAUUAUGUAGGCAUUGGUAGAGCCGUAUGUAUAUGUAUGAAUGAGAGUGAAACAUGUAGAAAGUUAUGAAUAAAGGGAGAAAAAGAAGCAUUGUACUUCUUACAAAUGUGGAAUCACUAGAUGGAGCAAUGAGGAUGAAUAUAUCGGUAAUUUAAUGUAUGCUUUGAUUAUAAUUAAUCGCAUCAUAUUUUGCAACAAUAACUUAAUAUGGUAAAAGACGAGAGAUCCAUAUUUAUAAGACACAUCAAAAGAGAUUAUCCAUUUCAGUAUGUUCUAUUCCUAUCUUGGCUACAGGGAGUCACUUGAAACUUCCGUCUACAAUUAAUUCUAUUUUUCAGAAGAGACUAUUUUCAAUCAUAUGUGGAAACAGAAUUUAUUUCAAAUGAUCAAGCGUUUUACAGUCAUCAUGAUCAUUCUCAACAUGAUGGGUAGCGCAAAUCCGUAACUCAGUUCAUUUAUUUCACCCUAUAGUCAAGAGCCAGAAUGAAAGAUAGUAACGAAAAUCAAUCUACGUCACUGUUUCUAUACGCAGUCGCAUUGCGUUAGCAGUCAGAGGAAUAUGAUGAGAUAUACUAUUCUCUUCCAUUUUGGUACUUGAUUUUACUGCCGUGCUAAGCACAGUGGGCGUAUCUGCAGUUUUCGGACGUAUUUAGAUAUUGAUACCGAUAGAAUAAGUGUCAUUUUCUCUACUCAUUAUAUAAGGUUUUUUGGUCGUACCGUACCCUAGUUUUCCUGAUGUUUCGAUGUAUCUGCACAAUUGUCAUGUCUUAUUAUGAUAUAUGAGUUGUAAGUGACUGUAGGUAUGAUUUUUCGCUUAGAAAUGUGUACAUGCAAAUUUUAUGCCUCAAUGAUAUAACAAUGCCCACUUUUCUGCUUUAAUAUGUUGAAUAUUGUUAUUUAGCUCAAAAGCAAGUGGAUGCAGGCUAUUUGGCUUAGAAUUCUAACAUCAAUCAUUUUAAUUGGCUGUACCUGCCUAGUUAUCUGUUGAGAUGAUAUUUUCAAAACAUUUAUUAAUUUUUAUGUAAAGCAUAUAAUUACAAAGUCUGUGAAUCUGAAUUGAUUAUUUCAAGAAGCCCAAACUUUAUACGCCUUUUUCUCGGUUUUAGGUUAGCUCCAGAUACCUCCUCUGUGCUUAGCACGCUGCUAUAGUUGUAUAUAAACUAUUAUUAGCACUCUUUUUACUAGUUGUAGUACAUGAUAUCAAAUCUGUGUAUAUAUAGUUUGAUAGUGUAUGUUUGACUAUUUAUUUAUUUUAUAUAUGUAGCAAAUUCAGUAUUAUCUGUAAAUGUAUCUCUGAAUAUAAUGAGUACUUAAAUAUAA